CUUGCAUGCCUGCGGGCGGGUGGGUGGGGGCGGGCUUAGGACUGUCUGUCCCUCCCUCACUCCAAUUGGAUAAGGCCACACCGAUCCGGUGGCCAAUCGAUGCCUUUUGUGGCGAGGUAUAAGUAAGGCUCUCGAGGUGGGCAGCGGUUCAUUCAGAUUUUCUGUGACAUACUGAGUCUACCAAUAUGAGCGGAAGAGGCAAAACCGGAGGCACGGCCAGGGCGAAGUCAAAGACACGUUCAUCCCGUGCCGGGCUCCAGUUCCCCGUGGGCCGUGUGCACAGGCUGCUGCGCAAAGGCCACUACGCCAAGCGUGUGGGCGCUGGCGCACCAGUCUACCUGGCCGCAGUGCUCGAGUACCUGACUGCUGAGAUCCUGGAGUUGGCCGGAAACGCUGCCCGUGACAACAAGAAGACUCGUAUCAUCCCCCGUCACCUGCAGCUGGCAGUCCGUAACGACGAGGAGCUGAACAAACUGCUUGGCGGCGUGACCAUCGCUCAGGGUGGUGUUCUGCCCAACAUCCAGGCAGUGCUGCUCCCCAAGAAGACUGAGAAGGCCGUCAAAGCCAAGUAAAAUCGCUGGUGCGGCUGCAACUUGACUACUCAACCCCCAAAGGCUCUUUUAAGAGCCAACCACCUAGCUCAGCAAAAGCGCAAAGUUUCCUUUCUAUGGCUGGCC